GACGCCGGAGUAACGAAACCAGCGAACCAGACAGUUGAGCCGCGGACGUCGGGAGCGUAUGAAGCGGGCUGCUAACUUCAGGCUCACUUCGCCCAAACACAGUCACGGUAGCUAACGAUGAGUACAUCGGAGUCGCUGGAUCGGAUGGAGCUGUGUGGAAGCCUCCUGACGUGGAUCCAGACUUUCGGAGUGGAGGCUCCAUGUAAGACAGUUGAAGACUUGACGAGUGGCAUCGUCAUGGCACAGGCUCUGCAGAAAAUAGAUAUAGUGUAUUUCAGUGACGUUUGGAUUGGUAGAAUCAAGCCAGAUGUCGGGGACAACUGGAGGUUAAAGGUCAGCAAUCUAAAGAAAGUUCUGAAAGGAAUCCUGGACUAUAACCAGGAGAUCCUAGGCCAGCACAUUAAUGACUUCACACUACCAGAUGUUAACCUCAUCGGAGAACACUCUGACGCAGCAGAACUUGGGAGGAUGCUGCAACUCAUACUGGGCUGUGCUGUCAACUGUGAGCAGAAACAAGAAUACAUCCAGACCAUAAUGAUGAUGGAGGAGUCAGUGCAGCACGUUGUCAUGACAGCCAUCCAAGAGCUGAUGAGUAAAGAGACUCCAGUGAUUGGAGGAAAUGACUCAUAUGUGGAUCUAGACAGACAGCUGAAAAAAACGGCUGAGGAGCUGAACGAUGCUUUGUCAACGAAGGAAGAGAUCGCCCAGAGGUGUCGUGAGCUUGACAUGCAGGUGGCAGCGCUGCAAGAGGAGAAGAGCAGUUUACUCGCAGAAAACCAGGUCCUGAUGGAGAGACUCAACCAGUCUGACUCCAUAGAGGAUAUUAACAGCCCAGCUGGACGCAGACACCUCCAGCUGCAGACACAACUCGAGCAACUGCAGGAAGAAACGUUCAGGUUGGAGGCAGCAAAAGACGACUACCGGAUCCGGUGUGAGGAGCUUGAAAAAGAACUGAUAGAUGCAAAGUCACAGAAUGAGGAGCUUGUGUCACUGGCUGAUGAAGCCCAGUCCCUUAAGGAUGAGAUGGAUGUUCUUCGGCAUUCAUCAGACAAAGUGUCCAAACUGGAGGGGACAGUGGAACACUACAAGAAGAAACUGGAGGACAUGGGACUUCUGAGGAGACAGAACAAGCUUAUGGAGGAGAAGAACACAGUGUUAAUGCAGACCAAUGUGGGUUUGGAAGAAGAGCUACGAAAGGCAAAUGCCACAAAGGGCCAGCUCGAGACGUACAAGAGACAGGUGGUUGAACUUCAGAACAGACUGUCAGAAGAGUCUAAAAAGGCCGACAAGAUGGAGUUCGAGUACAAACGUGUCAAAGAGAAAGUGGACUCACUGCAAAAAGAAAAAGAUCGAAUGCGGACAGAGAGAGACUCGUUGAAGGAGACGAUUGAGGAGCUGCACUGUGUCCAGGCUCAGGAGGGACAGCUUACAUCUAGUCUCUUCCCAUUGGUCAGCAACGAUGGCUCAGAUUCGCUGGCUGCUGAGAUCACCACCCCAGAGAUACGAGAACAUUUGAUUCGUCUUCAGCAUGAGAACAAGAUGCUGAAGUUGGCCCAGGAGGGAUCAGACAAUGAGAAGAUCACUCUGUUGCAGAGUCUACUGGAGGAUGCAAACAGAAGAAAAAAUGAACUGGAGACGGAGAACAGGUUAAUCAAUCAGCGCUUGAUGGAGGAACAGAGUCAGGUGGAGGAGCUGCAAAAGACUGUCCAAGAGCAGGGCUCCCAAGCAGAUGAUUCUUCCAUUCUGAAGAAGAAAUAUGAGGAGCACAUGGAGAAAGUACGAGAGUUGAACAAUGAGUUAUUGAAGAAAAACACCUUCAUCGAUGAAAUGGAGCCUAAAUACAACGCCAGCAGCCACCGGGUGGAGGAGCUGGAGGAGGCCUUGAAAAAGAAAGAUGAAGACAUGAAACAGAUGGAGGAGAGAUAUAAGAAAUACCUGGAGAAAGCCAAGAGUGUGAUCCGGACCCUGGACCCCAAACAAAACCAGGGUUCAGGUCCAGAGGUCCAGGCCCUGAAGAACCAGCUUCAGGAGAAGGAGAGGAUGUUACACUCACUGGAGAAGGAGAUGGACAAGACAAAGAGCCAGAGAGACUACGAGGAGAAACUGAUUGUUUCAGCCUGGUACAACAUGGGCAUGACUAUUCAGAAGAAGGCGGCUGAAGACCGACUUGCCAACACCGGCUCCGGUCAGUCCUUCCUGGCCAGGCAGAGACAAGCCACCAGCUCUCGCCGCUCGUAUCCCGGCCACGUCCAGCCAGCUACCACAAGAUCCAUGAGGUAGAGAUGCCCGGAACUACCCAAAACUUGCGCCACUUUUUUCCCUGACUAAGCAUAUUUUACUCUGACUCCACUGAUGCCAGGCUUCUACGUUUUUUCAACCCCCGGCAUAUUCAAUAGGGUUUGACUAAUCACCCCAAAACUCCCUCUCUUUCUCCCUUUCAACCACUGACCUUCUUCAACCUGUACUCUGUGGCAAACCUUUGCCGGGCAGGUGGUCUCGACCCCCAGGGGUGGGAGGACUUGCAUCUCCUUGACAAGUUCCUGUCAUUUUUGUUUGGAGGAACCGCUCUACCUGUUCAUGCAGUAUUUAUGCACAUCUCUACCUGUGAUAACGUUUGAGGUUCAUCUUGUUUUUUGACCUGAGUUGGCAGAUUUUCUGUUCCGUGUUAUCUGUUUUUAACCUUUAUGAUGUAGCUUUAAGAAAGUUACACGUGUCCCUGUUUCAUUUGUUUUCUUUCAGAGGGAUGCUCUUUUGUUUUAUCAUUGUGUUAUAGAGCAACAAAUGCAUGGAGGCAUACCAAGAUGUGUAGUUAUCACAUGCAAAUGCUUAAUUAGAUUUUUUAAUUUUUAAAGAGAGUAUGUGGUUUGAAAAAAAAAAACACAGGUUGUCUUGUAACAGCCAUAAUCGUGAAAGGAUUAUUUUUCUCCCAAGGGGAAAAGAAGGACAAACUGGUUUCAGAAAGUUCAUCAGAGAUCAGUGUGUGAACUGUGUGUUUCAUUGUGUGAGGAGAGAAUGUCGAGCAAAGCGAGAAAUGCAUUCGUCCACGUUUUUAGCAUUACCAGCAUUUACCAGGUUGUCUCAGACAACACCUUGUGUGCCAUAGUUAUUAUCCUUGACACAUGGUUGGCUUCCCCUCGUACAUAGGAAGAAUGUGUUAAAAGGAAAAUCUCUUCUUGAGGUUAAAUAGUUUAUGAAUUUCAGAUCCUCGUACUGUCCGGUUGAAACAGGAUUUAGAUUAUAAAUCUCACUUGAUGCCAACAAGUCACCAAAGAGAAGGUGUUUAAUCCAUAUUGCACAGCAGACCUACUUUCAAUAUCAUUUCAGAAUCAUUGUUAUCAAAGCUGAAAAGCAGUUUCACGGUGUGGCGCUGCAGAAAUCACGUUUUUGACCUUAUCGUCAAAAGCUCUGGAGAUUCCUGGUUGUUCCAGCUUCAUCUGUGUUUUCUACGUGUUUUGCACAAAUUUGUCAUCACAAAUUAUUUUAACGCGUUCUGUUUCCUUAGCGUAUUCAAAAAGACAUAAACACUAAUUCACUAGUUGGGAUUUCCUGCUGUAUUGUCUCAUGUGUUCACUCAGACACUCUCCUGACAUUUUAUCAGGGGGCCGGUAAGUUCAGCUGAAUGUCCAGAGUAACUGACUCAGACUCACGUACCGUCCCUCUGGAAAAUUCCAGGAAAAGGUCCAGUGUCCAGUCUGAGCACGUGUCGUGACCGUUCCCAUCUUUUCUGUAACUUGUUGCCGUCUCUUGUUAUUAACGUGAUGGACAAGUUGAGGCAUUGAUUUUGGCUGCUGUCAUCUGACUGUCAUGUCUCUCUCUUUC